CAACAACAGUGAUGUUGUAUUGUCUGCGUACAUGCCCCAGGAUUUACUACUACACACUGUUGGGAACUCAAUGAGAGGCAAUGUGAGAACGAGAGAGAGAGGGAGGAUGGGGGAGGAGGGGGGAGGUGUGUGCGCGGCUCCUGCCCAGAGAGACCUCGAUCCAGAGUCUCACACUGCGCCGUGUGGUUUGGUGGGAGGAUGAGGGAAGACUGUGGAGCCGUGAUGGACCCGCACAUCUCCCGCAUGAGACGCACGGGCUGAACCCCAAUGUUGCUGAUGUCUUUGUUGUCACUGGACUUUCUGAUGUUUUGGAUUAACUUAAAAACUGCGAGACUUCAAGGAUGUUCUUCUCAGAUGGGACUCUGUCAGCCGUCAGUUGUGCGCUCCUGUUGGGAAUAACGUGCUUCAGCGCCCUCACUGAGGCUUCUUCGGACUUCACAGGGUAUCUGUCCAAGGUCUUGAGGAACUACACAGAGCAGGCCUGUGAGGGAGACUUCCUGUCUGUCCACUGUCCACCACGCACAACCAUCACCGUCCAGUCGGCCUUCUACGGGAGGAGGGGCCUCUCGGACCCCCUGCGGUGCCCUCAGAGCCACCAGGCCCUCCUGAGCCACCAGUACGCCCGUGAGGAUGAUCGAUACUGUUCUGUGUCCACCGCACUACAGAAAAUGCUGGACGAGUGCCAGGACAGAAGGAGCUGUCACGUCCUUGUCAACAGCCGCGUGUUUGGGACGGACCAGUGUCCUGGCAGCAGUAAAUACCUCAUUGUCUGGUACAAAUGCAGACCUAACGAGUAUAAGAGUAAGGUGGUGUGCGAGGAGGAGAGGAUGAGGCUGAGCUGCAAACGUGGGAUGCAGAUCGCCAUUUACUCCGCCAUGUUUGGUCGAACUCAGCAGGGAACUCUGGAGUGUCCGCUGUAUCACCGCAGGGCUCCGUCAGUAGACUGUCAGUCCACCAUGGCCCUGCAGGUCCUCACCUCUCGCUGUCAGGGGAAGACGAGCUGCCUGGUCCGAGCCUCCACCAGAGAGUUUGGAGACCCCUGUUACUCUGGCACCAGGAAGUACCUCAGCGUCAUCUACACCUGUGUUCCGAAGAAGUUGCUGCAGGAGCAGGGCCCCAGACCGCCGGUCUUCCCCCCACCCCCGAGUGCCCAUGACCCCAACAUAGUGGGAGACAGCCCUCCGGAGGGGAGCUCAGUGAAAAGCGCUGACGCUGUUCCAGAUAAAAAGAAAGUCCGAGAGACCAGCCCCAGUGAGGAGAAGUCUUCAGAAGCCGACAGAGGGAGUGAAGGAGCAGGAGGAAGAGGAGCAGGAGGAGGGAGUAUUGUUGUGCGAACCAAAACCAUGAAUCCCAUCAUCAACUCCACCUCCGGCUCUAACAUGGCGCUCAUCAGCAACGCACUGGCAGCUUACAAGUACAUAUCAGACCAUCCAGAGAGGGCGGCGCUCUUCUUCGUCUGCGGGGUGUGUCUGGGCCUCUUCCUCACCCUCUUCGCCCUCGUGAUCCAGAUCUCCUGUCGUACCGAUUGCCAGCCCCGCAAGCAGCCGCCGGCCAAGAAACGACCACGCCCUACGGACUCGUCCGACGACUCCAGCGACUCGGACUCGGACUGGGACACCACGUCUGACCUGUCGGCGCGGAGACACCGGCGGUUUGAGCGCACGCUCAACAUGAAUGUGUUCACCUCGGCGGAGGAGCUGGAGAGAGCGCAGAGGCUGGAAGAGAGGGAGCGGAUCAUACGAGAGAUCUGGAUGAACGGGCAGCCGGACAUACCAGGGACACGGAGCCUCAACCGGUAUUACUGAGGAUGGAUUUGUCUACGGAGACCACCUGACUGGACCGCUUUUGUUUAACGACACACUUGUGUCCCUAAAGGUCUUGAGGAGGCCUUACCAGCACGGUUUCUUGCAGCGGCCACCGACGAGGACGAUGGAAGCUGCUGAGAAAAGUCUUCUCUGGACGUUGCUCUGUUCUCUCGGGCGUCGUAAGCUGCAGCCAAUUAAAGAGGAGAACGAGCGCUAGUUCAAAUCUAGUCUGCGGAAAAGAACAGGAGUCAAAUGAUGCUGCCCAGCCUGUGGCUUCGGGAGGAAGUAUUUGAAGUCUGGUGUCGGGGGUUCGGCGGCCUACAGAGGACUUCAUGGACCAGGACCUUCUCUAGGUCAGUUUCAGAGGCUACGGCAGCUGCGAAAGGUCACGACCCCUGUGCGUUGCCUCCAGUAUUUAAGUACGGACUUCACAAAGAGGUGACGACCGACUGGUGGAUGUGACGACACCUGACAAUCUGUCCACAGUGAACAACCACGCUGCCUUUGGAACGCUACCAAAACUAAAGAUCGUUUUUCCGAAGGGGAAAUUUAUCUCAACAUGUAUGAAAUAUAUUUUAUAAUAUUUAAUAGUUUAUUGAUGUUGUGUUAUUGUCUUUUUUUUUUGUCUUCAAGUUUGGUGAGCUAUUUUUAUACCUAAAAUGUGGUGUGGCACCUCAGGAAGGCAGCAGUAGUGUCUCUGUGUGUUUUCCAUUUCUGGAAUAUUUGCUUCCUACGGAGGAAACCUCUCCAGUCCAACAUCAGAGUCGGAAAAAAAUGAAAUGCAUCGUAUGAAGAGCCUCAAAGAGGAUUCAGUGGUUUGUUGUUAUAAUACCUUAUUUUUGAUACACAAAGUUUAUUUCUUUAUGCAGUGCCUUUUUAAGCUACAAGGUCACUGUGUCCAAGAGUGCCUCCGGUGUUAGCCCUCAGUAACUGUUGACACUAGGUUAUUAUGUGGAAAUUAAAAAAAGAAAUGUAUUUCAUUAUACAGUGAGUGUAUUCCCUUAAAUAAUACUAUUGUUUUACUCAAUUAGAUCAUGUGUUAAACCUCAAAGUCAAAUGUUGCACUUGUCAGAUCUGAAUUCUGAAAUACUAUAAUACAGUGUUUCCCAACCGUUUUGUUUUUUUUAACACCAUGGCCCACAUUUUACAUAAGUCAGAUCCCUCCAGUAGAUCAUUUCCCACGGCACACUUUUGGGCCGCACCUCGGUGGUUGGGAAUCACUGCCAUGUUGUGAAUAUUCCUUGUGGGUACAUUUGAAGUUGUCGUCACCGCCCAGAAAAACUGGGAAUUUGAGUUCUUUUGACAAACGUUGUUUUGCUGUAGAAGCAGCCGUGGUGAACAGGUGUCUUCACAGUGGACACACAAGUCGCUCCUUUGGACUCACACAGCCAGUUUGAAUGGUAUAAGCUAUUGUUGAGUCCACAUCUGGAUUCAGGCACAAAAGUAAUCCAAAAAAAAAGUUAUUUUCCUACUGAGUGAAAGUUUGAACUGAGAUUUAAGGAUGGUUCCUUUAGAGAAACUCUUUUAUCCAGUCUUUUUAUAAACAGUUUUUUACUGUUGACAUUGAAAUGGGAUGAAGUUGUGCCAAUAGCUGGUGAAGUGAGACCAAAUCUGACCCCUGAAUAAACUGUGUUCAAGAAUAA